UCUGGGCGUUUACUGAAAGGGGUUUUGAUGUUUCUUUGCUUCCACUGGCCUUUGACAUUCAUUUUCUAUCGCUCAACAACUACGGCAACACAGUUUGUAGAACUAUAAGAGGCGAUCUCAGGAGAGAAGUCCGGCCUCGAAGAACCGCCUUAAGAAAAAGUGACUAAACUGAGCACUACCAGUUGAAAGGGAAAAGAUGAGAGAUGGGGGUGCGAUUAAAUGUAGAGAUUAUCCGGGAGCACGUGAGAACUCCGAGAAGGGGGCGGGGCUUAGGGCUUUUGCAGCCGAGGAAGAAGGGUUCUACCGAGGGUUGGAUCAGGUGUCGCUGUCGGCCUCUGCUCGCGCGUGCGCAGGUUGAACCUUCCCCGACGCUGCUUUCUACUCCAAUAUGGAAUUCGGCUCCGCGCGGCAAGCAAUACUGCAGCUACUCGGUGCGGUGGCUCCGGCAGACCUCCCAGCGCUGCUGGAGUGGAUGCGAACUACCCAUACAGAGUCGGCCAGAACCCACAAUUCACGUUGAUGCAUUCCUUUACGAUGAAGACUUUAUUGAUUCAUUAUGUGAGGAAGGAAAAAUGAGCAGAAACUACUGUAUGGUGUGUGGCUCACACCAGACGGCACCUUUAGGAUUUAUUUCUCAUUCCUUCUCUCUCAUGGAGUUGAAGUUCAUUUAUCAUCACGUACUCCCUGAUCUAUCGGGAAAGGUCUUGGUUGACGUUGGCUCCAGGCUUGGCACAGUCCUUUAUGGGGGUUAUCUUUACAGUUCAGCAUUACAACUAUAUGGAGUAGAAUUGAAUGGAGAUUUUUGCCAGUUGCAGGAAAUGAUCAUUAAAAAAUACCAGUUCACUGACAGAAUAAAGGUACUUCAUGCGGACAUCUGUACUCAAGGUUCACUUCUGCAAAAUGCUGAUGUUGUUAUAAUGAAUAAUGUCUUCGAAUAUUUUCUUGAUGAGGCAGUACAGGCCAGAGCCUGGGAAUAUAUCAGCCAUAAUGUAAGGAAACAAGGAUCAUUAUUAGUGACAGUACCAAGUCUUGAAGAGUCUCUCUCAGGUCUUCAGAUUAAUAUACAGUUAUCUCCCUGGGUUGAAGAAAUACCACUGAACUACGAUGUGUAUCCAGAAAAGGAUAUUGACAGAGAAGCUCUUGAACAAAUACAUUUAUAUAAGAUUCUCUAGCACUGAAAUAAUCCUACCCUAGUGUAAUGUUUUGUUGAGUAUAUUACAAAAUAAGGAAAAAGAAACAUAACCCCAAUACCCUAACACAUAUUUUUUCUCUAUAUUCCUUUCUAGUCCUUGUACAUAUGUUUACAUAUUUAUAAAUAGUUGCAUGUGUAUAUACAGCUUUGUUUGAUUUGUGUGGUAAUUUAAUUAAAAUGUUUAUCUGAAAA